UGUUUGCUUUAAUAAAACAAUGUGUAUAUUGUUGAUGUAAUCAUAAUAUGCUUAUAACUAAGUGAUUUUUUCAUAAAAUUUGCUGUGCAAGAAGAAGAGACAGACUGAACUUAUGAUAUUGUUUGAAGGCCACAACUCCCUAUAUGGCAGACAUCCCGGAAAAGAAGUAAGACAGAAAACGAGGAAUAGAGUAGGGUAUUGUCUCUCUUUGUGUGAAUCUCUCACAGAGCCACCAGCACGAGGGCUGUCCCGCGUAGGAGUCUCAGAUAACACGAGGUGAAACAAAACAGAGAACACGUGGAGGAGCAAAGCAAGGAGACAGCGGCAUGGACUGAUAAGAGAAUCAACCCACAUUGUAUUAUUUUUUCUGUGUGAGACUAUGAAAAGACUGGGUCAGGGAGAGGUAGGCAGUCAGACUUCAUGAACUGGCGCAACUGCAUGUUGUGGUCAGGGAGAGAAAGUUUGGCCCAGAGCUCUGUAACAAUCUCCUUUUUCUAAUGCUUUAUUGCUGUUAGCUUUAAUAAAUACUGGGAUUUGAACUUUGAAAGAGUGUCCUGUUUCUUUCAUCAAACCAACACGCGAGUUCAGGAGACGAACUCAACAGUUUGGUGACCCCGACGUGAUGAAGGCAGGAUUUUAAUCGUUUUGGGACCAAUUUGAAAGUUUAAGUUUGUUUUACUCUGACACAGACAACCCGGAAUCAGAAACAGCGAUCGAGGCCUCACAUUAAAGGUGGUGAGCCAGGGAAAAGAGAUCGUUGAUACCGCGGUGGAGGAAGGGUCCCGAGGCUGCUAGAGCCUGCCUGAGGUGCCUCCUGGGAGAUUGAUAAAGCAACCCACCAGGGCUUUAUAGUCUGAUGAGGAGGGAAUCUCCCUAGGUUCAGGACAAAGGAGACGUCACCACCAAGGGCACGCCCCACACGGCCGGUUGGGUGUUGCUAAAAGUCUUCAAAAGAAAGUGGUCUGAACCAAGGUGGAACGGACCAUAUGAGGUGGUUGAGCGCACCUCAUGUGCAGUAAGGUUGAAAGGUAAAGGUGAUACAUGGUAUCAUUGGAGCAGGUGCACUCCAGCUGAAGCACCUUCACGCUCAUUACAGGAGGUUCGAGAGGCGUUAUCAGAAACGUAGUGGAAGCCAACAGUAGGGCUUGGAGCUUUGCUCAGAUAAGUUAGCAUUUCAUAUAUUGCUUUUUGAAGGAAUGUUCCCAGUGAAAUAGGAUAGUAGGUUGCAAGUGCUCUCUAAGUGAAGGUUUUGCUUAGAUACAAGGAACAGAUAAGUCCUGGACAGAAGGUUUUUUAUUAUUUCUGCAAAUUUUACAUGCAUUUUUACUAAGCAUUAAGUAUAUAUUUUUUGAAGUUUUAAUAAAGGGUGAAGUGAAAGUUUGCAACCAUGAAAUUUGUGCCUGCCUCAGCACCUACAGCGGGAGGCUGGAGGAUGCUGGGGGUAAUGUGUUUAAUAUCUCUUAUGAUUGUUUUACCAGUUUUAAUUUGGGAAGCGAUGCAGCGUUCGGGAGGAGACCACGGAGACCAGAGACAGGUGAAACUGACACCACUCAAUCGCACCAGAAAACAGGUGCAGCACACUUCAUUUUCUGACAGUGCCCUACGUAGGUAUGGAGGUAUUGAGCUAAAUUACACCAAAGGUCAAAAAACAGCAUGGGUAUUUGAUCUCUGCACAGUCAUAAAGUGUGGGUCAAGAGAGCAGGACUGGAAGAGGUAUGACGUAUAUCUAUGUGUGACCAGUAAUCAGCCUAAGAAGGGACCUUUGUGUGGGACCUGCGCACAGGUGUGGUGGAACUCUCGUCCAGGCGGAUGGACCUACACACCAGAUAGGACAUCGAGGUGGUAUGAAGACUAUAGGGCCCUUAAAACAAAAAUAGAUAUAACCAGAACACCCCAUGGCGUAGGAAAAGGUGUGAACCCCAUAAUGUUGACUGCAGAUGCAAUAAGCAGAAAUCCGUUUUCCACAUGGACCGGUGGGGCCUCUGAGGAAAAUCCAGCAGAAUAUUUUGUCUUAGGUGUUGAACAGCCAGGGACAGACACCAUGGGUUUAAUUAAAGUCAAUUUUCUUGAUCCAAUUCCUAAUGUUGCCACUACAACAGCCCCAUCCAAAACUGAAGAGCAGACAGAGGUGGUGAGUACUGAAGUGGUUAAGAUAAAUUUAGACAAACUAACAGGUAAGGACAUGAUUAAAUUGUCAACAGGAUACGCGGAGAAGAACAUGUGGUUGGACUGGGUGACAUCCACAGCAGGUGAGAAAGGUUUGUCUGAUUGUUUAGUUUGUGCCUCAGCAAGACCAACACUGAUUCUCACACCAGCCCCUCUGUAUCCCCGAACUGACCCCCAAGGGUUCAGAUGUAUGCUUGCAAUGCACAUGACACCCAUUCCCUCUAAUUGUUCAUCUCUUGUGAGUCUGUUCCCAGUAGUCAAGAACACCACUGUUCCUCCCCGUGGAGGAGCAAAGCAAGGAGACAGCGACAUGGACUGAUAAGAGAAUCAACCCACAUUGUAUUAUUUUUUCUGUGUGAGACUAUGAAAAGACUGGGUCAGGGAGAGGUAGGCAGUCAGACUUCAUGAACUGGCGCAACUGCAUGUUGUGGUCAGGGAGAGAAAGUUUGGCCCAGAGCUCUGUAACGAUCUCCAUUUUCUAAUACUUUAUUGCUGUUAGCUUUAAUAAAUA